AUGGAUAUUUCUAAAUUAGAAUCAUUACCAACUGAAUUAUGGUUACAUAUCCUCAGUUAUUUAUCAUCUUUCGAUUUAUUCAAAGCCUUUUUUCGUAUUAAUAAUAAACGUAUUCAAAAAAUCAUUGAUUCUCAAUCAUUUUUACUCAACACAAAAUUAAUAUUAUAUUCUGAAAUGAAUCAGAUUUUCGUUAUGCAUAGUUAUCUUCUUCAAUUACGUACAAUCAUUCUCAGCAAUUCAUGUUCUUCUUCGGCUUUUUAUGAAUAUUGGACAAAAAACCUACCACCAAUGUCUAUAACACCAAAACUUGAACAAUUGAUUGUACGAAAUGCAGGCUAUUACAUACAUUGUUAUUGCGAUACCGAAGUAGUAUACUCUAAUUUAUCCGAAUUGAAAAAUUUACAUUGGUCACGUACUGUUCAAUUGACUUUAACUAUUCAAUUUCCAUUUGAAAUGAUUUUUAUUCUUCAAAACAGUGCCAUACCAUUUCUCGAACAUUUGUAUAUAACCAUUGAACAAGAACAAUUGCGAAGAGAAUCUUAUCUGGAUGCGCCACAACCACAAAUUCAAUUUUGUGAAAGUGAUAUUCGUCAAAUGACUGAUGGAACUCGACUUCAAACUCUUGUAUUGCGUCAUUUAGCUCUUUAUAAUGUGAUAAUAUUAAUUCGUUCUUUCAACAUGCCUCUUUUGAAGAAAUUAACACUUGUUGAUAUAUUUGAUGAAAGUAAGCCACAACAGCUGCAACAUGGAGGUGGACCACAACAAGCUGGGCAACGUUUACCACGAUUAGAUUCAUUGGAAUAA